GGGAUCAAACUCGAGGUGUAUAUAACACCUGCAAAGCAUGAGCAUUUCAUAGGAUUCGUCAGCUAUUGAACCAGAGAAAACUAUCAGCUGAGCAGAGAGCGAUAGGUUGGUUUUGCUUUUCGGCAAUGAGUGGUUCUGUCUGGUCUUCCGAUGCCUCCACUCGUGGUAGGUGGACAUACGAUGUGUUCUUGAGCUUUAGAGGAGAAGAUACGCGGAGAAGAUUCACUGGCCAUCUUUACUCUGCCUUGGAAGACGCAGGAAUCAAUGCUUUCAGGGAUGACGAUGCCCUUCCGAGAGGAGAGAAGAUCUCAUCCGAACUCCUGCAAGCUAUAGAAGAGUCAAGGAUAUCGAUUAUCAUUUUCUCGACGAAUUAUGCCAAUUCCAGGUGGUGUCUCGAAGAGCUUGAGAAGAUUAUGGAGGUCAAGGAAAUGCAUGGGCAGCUGGUCCUUCCCGUGUUCUAUGACGUCGAUCCUUCAGAAGUGCGGAAACAGACAGGUAGUUUUGCCCGAGCAUUUGCUGAACAUGAAGCCUGUUUCGAAGAAGAGAGGGACAGAGUCGAUAGGUGGAGGACAGCUCUUACAAAUGCAGGAAAUUUAUCGGGCUGGGAUCUGAAGAAUGUUGCAGAUGGGCAUGAGGCCAUACUUAUCCAGGCAAUCAUUAACGACGUAUUGCAAGAAUUGCCAGACACAUACCUGGAUGUACCAACCUUCCGGGUUGGACUUGAAACUCGAUUAGAGAAAAUAAAAUCUUUGCUAAACCUAGGCUCGGAUGAGGUGCUCUUCAUAGGAAUCUGUGGAAGAGAAGGAAUUGGCAAGACGACGAUAGCUGAAGCUGUUUAUAACCAUUUCUUCCAUGCCUUUGAAGGGAGAAGUUUACUUGCGAACGUGAGCGGAGAUUUCUGGCAACUGAAUGAUCUAGUUAGCUUGCAAGAGCAACUUCUUUCAGACAUUGUGAAGCAUAAAAGCAUAAAGAUAUGCAAUAUUCGUAGGGGAAUUAGUGUCAUUAAGAGAACUUUAUGCAAUAAAAGGGUUCUUGUUGUGCUGGAUGAUGUGAGGGAUCUUAUGCAAAUCAAAGCACUAGCCAGAGAACGUGAUUGGUUUGGUCCGGGCAGUAGGAUCAUUAUAACAACAAGAGAUCAAUGUUUACUGCAGGACUUUAAUGGGGAUGGCACAUAUAUGGUUGAGCAGUUGGAUGACAAUGAUGCUCUUCAGCUUUUCAGUUGGCACGCCUUUGGUGAUUCUCAUCCCAAAGAAGAAUUCAUGGAACUUUCAAAAGAGAUUGCAAGUCAUUGUAAAGGAGAACCCUUAGCUCUUGAAGUCUUGGGUUCUUUCUUCUCAGAUAGAAGUUUGGUUGAAUGGAGAAGCGCAUUCGCACAUCUGAAAAGGACAGGUUUCGAUUCGCUCUGUGAUGACAAAGAGAAGGAUGAGUUGCCCUGCAUUGCCAAAGACUUUUUUCAUUGCAGUCUCCCAAAGUGCGAUAGUGAAAACAAUGUUCGCCAGAGAAGGUGCCUAGCAAAUGUUGGUCAAAAGAAGUUGAUGUACCGUGAGUUGCUUCAGGCCUUGGGAAGAGAGAUUGCCUGGGAAGAAUCUUCUAAAAACCCCAGAAACAUCCGGACGACAUUGAAAACAGGGCAGAAGGAAAGCCAACUGCAGGAUCCCGAGAUAGAAGCUUUGGCAAUGUACCCGGAGGCAACACCAUCCGAGCAUUCUGGACAAAAUCUACAAACAACUUCCCCAGUCGAUGAAUCGCAAAGUUCAAUACCAAAUAAAGUGAAGUUCGUGUGUGACAAGAUUAAUAUGCUUGGGAAGAAUGCAGAUGCAAUUGUGCAUGGUUUCCGAGAGCAUGUGAGAUUGAGUCCCGGAAUCACAGCGAUGGUGAGGGGGAAAUUGAGUUUUGGGGCAAGAGUUCUUCAGCUUGGUGGCAUAGAGAAACUUUUCCGGGAAUUGUUCAGUUGGGAAGAUGGAGAAAAAUUAAUGGAGUCUUUCGAAUGUUAUUGGUUGACUUCAACCAGUCCUAUUGCAGCGGGCCUUCUCUUUAUCUCCACUGAAAAAUUUGCAUUUUGGAGUGAGAGAUCUGUAGAAGUGGUUUCUCCAGGUGGGGGAUCAACCAAAAUCCAUUACGAGAUGAAGGUACCGAUAAGAAAGAUUAAGGCGGUGAACGAAACUGAGAAUGUGGAGAGACCGCCUCAGAAAUACAUAAACAUUGUUACAGUGGAUGACUCUGAUUUCUGGUUCACAGGAUUCUUCAAUUAUCAGAAAGCACUAAAGAAUCUUCGGAGGGCGAUUCAUCAGGAAUAGAUGGCUUCUAGUCCAGUCAUUUUUAGAGUCGUAAUGUUGCAAAUCCAUUUGAGAUGGCAAAAUAAGAGAACUUCUAUGAGAAACUUGAAA